AUGCAGGUGGAGCUAGCACGCCGUGGAGAGGCUCUCUUGGGUGUAGCCAAGGACGUCCAGUGCCGACGGAGGAUCUUCGGGGUUUGCCUACUUGGGGCAAUCCUUUUGACCUUCGGCCUCCUCUUCUUCCCACAGAUUCUUGGCGGCGGAGGCCCUGAUUCCGCUAAUUCCCUCCAGGGGCAAAGCACGCAGCUGCCGGGGCCCGGCGGACUCCCGGGCCAUCUCAGCGGUGUGAAUCUGGGUGGCUGGCUUUGCUUGGAGGAUUGGUUCUACUCCGGGGAUUCGGGUGUACAUGUCUCCAGUGUGGAUGAGGCCGGCCAGGGAGCAUGCCUACCACCAGCGGUGAGCCAGUUGGACAAGCCUUGGCCUUCUGAAGGCCACUUGACCUACAGAUUGAACCAAACGAAGGGGAGCAAGUUCGCAGUCAAGGCCUUGACAGCUCACCGUCAUUCCUUCAUUGGUGAAACAGAUUUGACAGCCAUCCGGGACCUGGGGCUCAGUGUCGUCAGGGUGCCCAUUACUUGGGCUGCCUUUGCAGAUGCGCUAGUGCCACUGGAUCAGAAGAUUUAUGGAUCUCACAACCCACAGAAUGAAACAGUCAUCGUCCCAGACCCCUUCUACAACGACCGGGCGGCCUUUGCAACGAUUCCCCGCGACUGGCUGGCAGAAUUGCUGCGGCGUUGCGCGGAACACGGCUUGAGGGCCCUCAUUGACCUCCAUGCCUUUCCAGGCGGGGCGGCCUUGGGUACCUACAAUGGGGUUUGGCCGGACAAGCCCGCCUUCUGGCGGAAUCAGACCAAAGUGGGCAAUGCGGCAUUGACCCAAGUCGGCCUUUGGAUCGUCGGCUCUGCUGUGACGUGGUUGGAAGGCCUUGAUGCCGAGGCGCAAGCAGGACUCCUUGGCCUGACUGUGAUGAACGAGCCCGCCCACCUGAAUGCUGGAGCAAAGUUUGCAGAGGAGCAGGAGGUACUCAAGUGGUUGGCCAAUGCCGCACAGAUCUUUCGUGUUUCCAAGCUGCCCGGUCAGGGAGUCAAGCUCUACAUGCAGAUGAUUGACACAGCCUUCCAAAAUUUCACAGAGACUGUCGUGCCUUGGUUCUUUCAGACAUUUACAGACACGGAGCGGCUGAGUUGGGUGGUCGCCGAUCAGCACUGGUACACAGCUUGGGACGCGGGACACUGUGACAUGCGCACGUCAGAGGAUGGAGGCCUCACCUGCGACACGCCCGUGGAGGUCAUAAGACGCAAGAUGCGCUCUUGCGCUAAAGCCUUCUCCUCCAAGAUCCUUGGUC